GCAAUACAUCGAAAGAUAAUAAAAGAUGCUCUUGUUAUUUAGUGUGAACUUAAUUGUAUAUGUUCAUACUUAAGUAGUGUAGGUAUGCACACAGGUGUGUAGGUCUGUUCGGAGUUCGUUAUGGUCUAGAAGAUAAGGCAUCUGCGGCAGUGUAAAUAGCUUCAUUUGUCUGUAGUUGAGAGUGGUGGUGGUGUCCGUUCUGAGCCUCGAUCACACACAGUCGCCGAUCAGCCGUAUCGGCGAUCCAGCUUACGAUAGUAUCCAUAGGCCUACGCAGGUUAUAACCCCUUCAGAUACAAAGAGUGUACACCUAUCGGCAUACAUACCUUGUAUAGACACAUUAUUUACAUAUAUUUUUUACUCAUUCAGAAUACACAACAUACACAACACAUUCCGUCUCUACUUGAGACAAUCACGCACAGUAGCGUGAGUUUACGUAUCCCGCCUCUCACCAUGCUAGGCUUAUACGUAACACGCCUGCAAGGUCUUCAGUCGGCCUCGAGGGGACUUUAUGGAGGGCCUAUUCGUGCUGGCAAUACCGCUAUAUAUGCGAAUAGUGUGUCAAAGUACAUGGCGUCCACGACCUCGGCGCAUACACAUUAUAGAGCACUCAGCUUAGCACGAGCGUGUAGCAAGUGGAGAGCAUCUGAUGCGUCAGGGGUGCGUGUUCAAGGUCUUUUAUCACGUACUUGUGUGUACACCCGCCCUUCUGAAGUACAACGCACUCUCUGUCCGAAGCCCCAUGCAGACAUGUCCACACACUCCCGCAUGAACAUACGCGCAUAUACAAGCACACGAGCGUGUGUGGAGAGGUCCAAUCGAGGACCACCAUUCAUGGUGAGACUGCCUAGUAGUGGUCUCAAGGGCUUUAAUGCACUCGGUAGGACAAUUGCGCGGGAGUUUACGCAUCACAGUGGGAAGGCAAGGUAUAU